UCAGUAGCCUCGUUUUGUCUAAGAACUACGACGGUCGCCAUCUUGCGAACAAAUUCCUCUAAAAUGUAGAUAAACUUGUCACACGAACGAUCGACACGGACUUCAGCUUGUGAGCCAUGUUUGUGGUUAACACGAGUCUGGAAUGUAAAAUAUUGAAUGCCAUUUUUGUCUUUUGAUCUCUACAUCAUUUCAGUUUAUUCAGAUCUUCUGGUAUAUCCAUCAAGAUUGCCUAGAAUGACUUGAUCAGGAUGAUUUCCUGGUCGUUAGUGAAAUAUUAAAACACAGAAAUUCUUCGGCUGUUAAAUUUUUCUACAUUUGUGAGAUUUAGUAGAAAACUUGUUAAAAGUUUUCAUUCUGACAGGGGCAUCUUAAGCCCUAAAGCUUUAGCUUUCAAAAAAAUGCCUCUCCCAAGUAGAGCCCGUGUAUAUGCUGAUAUCAACACACACAAACCUAGAGAGUAUUGGGACUACGAAUCACAUGUAGUUGAUUGGGGAAAUCAAGAUGACUACCAAGUAGUGAGAAAAUUAGGUAGAGGCAAAUACAGUGAAGUUUUUGAAGCUGUCAAUGUUACAAAUAAUGAAAAAUGUGUGAUAAAGAUACUCAAGCCUGUGAAAAAGAAGAAAAUCAAACGGGAAAUUAAGAUCUUAGAAAAUCUCAGAGGAGGUACAAAUGUCAUAACAUUGUUGGCAAUAGUCAAAGACCCUGUGUCACGUACACCAGCUCUCAUAUUUGAGCAUGUGAAUAACACAGAUUUCAAGCAACUGUACCAGACCUUCAUAGAUUAUGAUAUACGUUUCUACCUGUAUGAAUUGUUAAAGGCUUUGGACUACUGUCAUAGCAUGGGCAUUAUGCACAGGGAUGUGAAACCUCACAAUGUGAUGAUUGAUCAUGAAAAUAGAAAGCUACGUUUAAUAGACUGGGGCUUGGCGGAAUUUUAUCAUCCUGGCAUGGAAUACAAUGUUCGUGUUGCAUCUCGGUAUUUCAAAGGACCAGAGCUAUUAUUAGAUUAUCAGAUGUAUGACUAUUCUCUAGACAUGUGGAGCUUGGGGUGUAUGUUUGCCAGCAUGAUAUUUAGAAAGGAGCCAUUCUUCCAUGGGCAUGAUAACUAUGACCAGUUGGUGAGAAUCGCCAAAGUGUUGGGCACAGAUGAUCUCUAUGGUUACAUUGAGAAAUACCAAAUAGAUUUGGACCCAAGAUUUAAUGAUAUAUUAGGCAGGCAUUCACGAAAGAGGUGGGAAAGAUUUGUGCAUAGUGAAAAUCAGCACCUUGUUAGCCCAGAAGCUCUAGAUUUUCUAGAUAAACUUCUACGUUAUGACCACAAUGACCGUUUAACAGCUAGAGAUGCAAUGGAGCAUCCUUAUUUCUAUCCUAUUGUGAAAGAGCAGGGGAGAAUUUCCAACAUUUCAGGGCACACCUCCCCCACUCCUGUACCUGCUUCUGGCCCGAUUGGAGGUUCAUCUAUCACAAGCACUGUAGGAUCAUCCAGCUCCCCAGUCACGUCCUCCAAUAUGGCCACAUUGCCCAACAAUGCAGCCACUGCUCAGAGCUAAAUUAUUGCAAUGUAUUAAUUGCCAUCAACAUGUGAUGCCCAAAGGCCUUCAGCUGCUCUGCCAUUUCUUCUCUUGAGUUUUUGUUUUGUUUGUAGUUGAAAAAAAAAAAAGGGGUGGGCUGGGGGGUGGUUAGUCAUAUCAGUUGUCCAUCACUCAAAGAUGUAUUUUGAAACCAUGAUAUUGAAUAUAUUAGUGCAGAAUGUUUCACAGUGAAGGUGAACUGUUUUAAAUUAUGUACUGUCUGGUUUAAAGUUUCUGUUAGUGUACAACUUUGUAUUGUACCUUGUAUUUGUUUAUUUUAUUUUCUAUUCAACUGUGCGUGCCUGUGUGUGAGUAUCAUAAAAAUGUUUUUGUUUUUUUUAAGUCCUCUACAGUUUGAUCAUCUCGAUGUAUAUAUGUUUAUUGAACAACUGUUUGGUUCAGCUGUUAGUAGUAUUACUUUUAGAAACACAUGUAUGUACAUACUUUUUUUUUUUUUUAAAUCUACUUGCGAUAAUUGAGAUUUCUUUUUUAAAAUUAGAUGUAUAGUUAUGCUAAUUGCUGUUUCCUAUAGUCUUGACUACAGUUCAGUUUUUGUCUUUAAGAACUAUGCAAAGACAAAGACAUGUAUUAAGGUUUGUAAUGUAGUGAAAUCUAGUGACACAAUGACUGUCUAUGGUAGAUACUGGAGGGGAUUCCCACAUCUGUACAUUGGCUUUAGAAGAACAGUUCUUUAGUAUUGUCACAUGUUUGUCUGUCAGAUUAUUGGAUGAAAGAUUUAACCCCAUUCUAUUAUAUUGUUAGUCGUGCUCUCCUAUAUAGACAGAAAGACAUUAUUUUUCAGCCUAUUUGUUCAUGGAACAAUGUUUGGUAUUGUGUUCCACAGCUUGAGUGUAUUCAUCCCUUCAGGUUGCAACAUCUAUUGGCAGCUGAGUGAAAGAAAACAUUUUCAUCUCCUGUAACAUAGUUUUUUUUGCAUACUAUAAUUAUCCUUUUUUUUUUUAUAUUGGUUGUUGCUAUGUUUUCUUGUGUUUUUCUAUUUCAAUCCAGACAUUGAUGUUUUUUAAGUCCAACACCAACAGAAUGGGUUAGCUCCAGGAGUCAAUCAAAUGAAACAUUAAAACAUAUUUUCAUCUCUAUUUGUCUAGUGUUUGUUUGCCUAUGUGAAUCUUACUCUGAUCAUUUUGAUUGUAAAUUUUUUUGUGUGUCUUGAUUUGUUUAGUGUAACUCUUCCCUCUGUUGUCUUAGUGAAUCUGAAUGAGCAAGGAGUGGUAAAUGCACACUACAAAUGUAUGGUUUGACAAAAAUACUUGACAAGAAUUCUGUGGGGUUUUAUUUAAUUUAAGGUAUAAAACUUUUUUUUAAAGUAUUUUCAUUCACACUGCUACAACUUUUCACCCAGAUGGUGUAACUUUGACUAUUGUUAAAAGCUUAUUCAAGAUUUUGUUGUGGAUGCUCAGAUUAAACUUGACCGACAUACUCUAUAUACAUGAGACUGAGUGUUGGUUGGUAAGCCAUUGGGAUAACUAUUUUAGGUCUUGUCUUUAACACUUUGUUUGUGCUCUUUAAGUUACAGUAAACUGACUGCAUUCUUGGGUAAACGAUGAUUUGUUAAUUAUGUGAAACUAAGUAAUAAAAUAAUAAAUUUA